AUGCUGGAGGUGAAGGGCCUCGAGGCCAAGAUUGUCGCGACCGGGCAGCAGAUCCUCAACGGCGUCGACCUCACCGUGCGCGAGGGCGAGGUACACGCCAUCAUGGGCAAGAACGGCAGCGGCAAGAGCACCCUCAGCAAGGUGCUCGUCGGCCACCCUGACUACGAGGUCACCGCCGGCAGCGCCACGUUCAGGGGCCAGGACCUCUUUGCCCUGGAGCCCGAGGAGCGCUCCCACAAGGGCCUCUUCCUGUCCUUCCAGUCGCCGAUUGAGAUCCCGGGCGUGUCCAACGUGGACUUCCUGCGGAUGGCUUGCAACGCGCGGCGGAAGUCCAAGGGGCAGCCGGAGCUGGACCCCCUGGAGUUCUACGCUCACGUGGUGCCGAAGCCCGCGAGCGCGUGGGUGCCGGCAGGCUGA